AUGCUGGUGGUUACCCGCUUUUUUGGCGGCGGGGCAUCGUCGGUGUCGGUCAAUAUUGUGGGAGGCAGUAUCAGCGAUGUCUGGUAUGGUGAUCAGGCCCGCAGUGUGCCCAUGUCUCUGUUCGGGUUUACCAGUGUUGUGGGAAUCGCCCUCGGUCCAUUUGUUGGGUCUGCCAUCCAACAAAUUCAUAAGAGCAAUCCGUGGAGAUGGAUUUUCUAUAUUCGGAUCAUCUAUAAUGUUGCGCUCAUUCCAGUGUUUUACAUGAUUCUACGUGAAACACGAGGGAAUGUCAUUUUGAAAAAGCGAGCUCAAAAGCUUCAUCAUGAAACUGGUCAUUCCAUAUAUGCCGAGAGCGAUUUAGACACGAGGAGCAUGUGGAAGUUAUUCCAGGUGUCCUUCUGA